AUGCAUAACCUCUUCCUUGGCACAGCAAAAAGGAUGAUGGAGAAAUGGAGAGAAGAGGGUCUUAUUACCAGCAAGCACCUGGCCGAAAUGCAGCAAGACGCAGACAGUAUGAUAAUUCCUCUUGGCAUCACUCCAUUGCAUAACAAAAUUGGAAAGGGCUUUCUAUUCAUGAAGGCAGACGAAUGGAAGUCCUGGUGUUUGGUUUACUCUCCCGUUCUCCUAGCUGAUCAUUUACUAUCAGAAGACCUGUCUGACUGGAUGGAGUUUGUUCAUACGUGCAAGUACUUGGCAAGACCAAAUAUAACUGUCAAAGACUUGUCACAUGUGCAUGAUUUUUUGGAGUCGUUUGGUCAAAAGUGUCAGGUUAGGUUCGGGAAGGAUUUCAUAUCGCCCAACAUGUAUCUACACCUGCAUCUCAAAGAAACCGUCCUCAACUUUGACCCUGUGUAUGGGUACUGGCUCUUCAGCUUUGAGAGAUACAAUGGUGUAUUAAAAAACUAUGCUACAAAUAACAAAGAUGGAUUUGAAGGCACGUUCAUGCGAAGAUACCUUGAGGACAUGCACAAGAUAAAUCUUUUCCUCUCUUUGAUAUAUGAGCUCGUUGAUUCAUUUCCAACUCUUGUCACUGUCACUGCUGCUACCACUACCACUAUUGUCCCCGUUGCGCCGUACUUGCCAACCACUUCUUCUGGUUUCACUCUGAAGACCUUCCUUGAUUCUGCUGAAGUGAACAUUGACAAUGUCAAAGGCAACAAGCCAUUGCCUCCAUCCACUUUCCCUCUCGGUCUUGGUGAGUUUGUGCAAAUGCAAGAAGAUGAGUACGCCUAUCUGCUCAAAUACUAUGGCACAGCAUAUUGCGAUGCUUCACUGAGAGGUUACUGA